AUGCUUGUCUCGGAAUUGGUCGAUCAAUACUUGAAGACUACCGAUAAUGAUUUGAAAUAUAUGGCAUUGAGACAGGAGCUCACUGUCUUAGAGGUCGGUAGAGAUUUGGAUUUAUUGGUGAACAAAGUUUUGAUGCCAGUUUUGCUGGAAGAGAAGGAUCCAGAAAUAGUUGAGCUUGUAUCAUCACAGGUAUACCCUCAGCUUACAUUGAAAUGCAUUGUUGUUAUGAAACGUGGGAAUCACGAACCACAAUGGUUCAAUGAUUUGAUCGUAGAUCCGCUCAUGGAUCAUAUAGCUGACAAGAGGAAGAAUUUUAUUGUACAAACACUGAGAAACGUACUCAAGGUAGCGGUUCAGUCACGCUAUCGAAUGCAAUCGGCAGGUGAUAGGCAUCUCGGGGCUUUAGUUUCACAGAUGAAGGACUAUAAGGGAAACAAUGAUGUGGGACAAAAUACUGUUCUUUACUGGGAAGCUUUAAAGCCUGUCAUCUCCACAUACUAUUACGGUACUGUGAAGAUUCCCUUUGCGAUAUUGAAGGAGAUUUUCAAUCUCUGUGAGGGCAAAUUGGAUUCUCUUGUUAGAUCCGUGCUGAUCUCUAGCGUCCAAGCAACAACUCGACAGAAUGUUGAGAAGAUCGUUCAAGAGUCGGUUUCUGACAGCGUGUUAGAGGCGAUAUCUACUGUUUGGUGGCAAUUCGGGCAGCUUGUACCCUGGCUAUUCGAGAAAAGACUACUUCCCGACCUCCACCAACAAGAAACUCUACUUACGAACUUGCAAAUGAUCUACAAUCUUCUUCCCUUUUUCCAGAUUGCGAGCGCAGUAAGUGGAGAGAAGGGUAACUCGAAGAAUGGCUUAAAAAGACGCCUCGAGUCGAAACUACAAGGUCUCUUGGAGAAUGCAGCCGCCAAUAGCUCAGCCGCCACCACGAAAGAAGUAGAUGCAGAACUCGACGUUGAAGAUGCAGAGGUGGAUGAUGCUCAACAGGCUUACCUGGAUGAGUUGCAAAGUGACGAUGAUCUUGAAUUCGAAGAUGAAGAGCUACUCGAAACCGAUGAAGGUUACCAACUGAAGAAGCUAUGUCAAACAAUACUCGAGACAUUGAAUGAUAACAAAGAAAAAUCCUCAGACAUCCAGCCUCACAAAAUCGAUCUAACUAAAGUGGAAGUAAGUGCGUUAGACGAGACUGAAGAUGUCGUUUACACGAUCCAAUCGACCCUCGAAAGCGAAACUACACUACAGCCAUUAUUACUCUCAGUCGAAAUCUUAAACCAACUUCUACUCACUGGUUACACCGAAAUAGACUACUCUCCCGUGUGCCAGUCACUCGUCCGCCACAUGAAGCAAAACAAGGCAUUUUUACAAACUAUAAAAGUUGGAAACCUAACCCAAACUAUCGAUGACGGCUCUACUCUCCGCACAAUGGUACAUUCGACUAUCCUGCAGAUCAUCACGACCCGCAAACUUGACUACCCAACCUGUUGCAAGCUACUAACAGAAGCAGUAUCGCGCGGCGCAAGAGACGUAGAUCCUACCAUCGAACAGCUAUCACUAAGGAUCAUUCAGAACUUGCUCCAGAGUCACUACAAUACCAUCCGGGCCCUCGACUCCUCCUGGUACGAUCAAACAUUACUCCCAAAGGCCGCGGAAACGGCAGGAAAGUUGCACAAACGACUACAAACAACAAUCCAAAACUCAGAACAGCUAGAACCCCAAGCUCAAACUGCGACAAUACUGCAAGAACUCACGAGCCUCUUCAACGUUCAAUACCCUGCCAUCGAAUAG